AUGGAGGGGGAGGGGGAGGAGAGCCAGAGGUGCUGCCUCACCUCCAAUUCUAGUGCAGUGGGCACUGAAGCUACUUCUGUUAUGGUUACCCAAACCCUUUUCCAUGACCCUGGUGUACUGGAUAGCCUGUCAUGGUGCCCUGCCAAUGGAGGGGAAGUUCCUCCAAGGCAGCAGCUAUGCUUUUCCAUCCUUAUAUCCCUGCCUCCCAGCACUGAGCGGAAGCCAGCCAGUGGUACUAAGCCUGAGAAGCUCCAACAAGCUACCCCUGUCAUCGAAAACCCUGGCCCCAGCCACAAAGAGUCUUCUCUGGAACAUCGAGCAGCAAUCAUCAUUCAGUGUGCCUUCAGGAAGUACCAAGCACAGAAGGAACGAGACCGUCGAAUAAAAGAGCGGGAAGAAUACACAGCCAUAAUGGACCAGCUUCAAAAGGAGGCCUUCCUGGCUAUGGUGAAGCGUGAGCAGGAGCAGGCAAGACGGGAGCGAGAGAAAGAGGAAGAAGAACGGCGAAAGAGACAGGAGGAGCAGAUGCGUAAGAAGCAGAUGUUGGAAGCUGCAUUUGAUGGAGAUGUAGAGGAAAUGAGGGCUGUGCUAAAGGAGGUAGGGGACGUGCUGACCCGGGAGGGCAUAGGCCACGAUGAUCGGGGGAAAGCCCUGAGGUUGAAGAGCCAUGUGGCUAUGGUGGAGUGCACAGAUGCCAAUGAGAACACACCACUGUCGGAGGCUGCAGGAGGAGGGCAUCCUGCUUCAGUCAAGUUCCUUGUGGAGAACGGUGCCAAUCUCAACUGCAAGGGAGCCUUUGGUCGGACCCCUCUGUAUAGAGCUGCCUUUGGUGGACACCUCGCAGUAGUGGAGAUACUCUUGCAGAAUGGAGCAGACCCACGGAUCUAUGCAGAUGACGGAAAUACUCCACAGCAGGUAGCCUCCUUGGAUGCUGUGGUAGAUGUCUUGAAGUCUUGGGAUGUGACUCUCACAGAUGCCAUGCUGAAGAAGAUGGAGGCUGAGCAACAGCGUCGGGCCCAAGAGGCCCAGAAGCAGAAGGACAUUGAAACCAAGCGAAUGGCUUCCAAUGUGCAAGAACUGCAGAAGGAGCAGGAACGAUGUCAUAAGGAGCUGCAGAGAGCCUACUGUGAACUUAACAGGAGGAUCACAGAGCAUGACAAAUGUGAAAGGAAGAACAUGGAUAAAACAGAAAUUACUCUGCAGGCCAUCAAAGAUGCUGAGGCUGUGGUGGAUGAGAUGCGGCUAGCAGCAGAGAAGGCAGAAGAGAAGCUGGCCCUGGCUCGUCUGGAGCUGAGAGAGCAGACUCAGCAGGGGGAGGAAGAACUGCCAGGGCUGAAGUGUUCAGUGGCUGAACUCCAUGAUGUUUUGCUCAAGGAUGUGGGUGAUCGGAUCAAGGCUGAUGGUCGGUGGCCUCUGGUUAUUGAUCCCUCAGGUCAGGCAGCCACAUUCCUUCGCUACCAGGAUACCAACUACCUGGACACCCUCAACCCAGCCCACUUGCAGCCUCAAAGUCUUCGCCUGGCACUGCUUGGGGCCAUCAGGUAUGGAAAACCCCUGGUGUUUGAUAUGCGUGAGAUUGACAUGUUUGAGACCGUGAAAAAGGAGCUAAAUUAUAUCCAGCGUAACCUGGCUGAGGACCUUCUCUCCAAGAAACUGCUAGAAAAUGACAGAUUCUUGGCCCUACUUCGCCCAGAGGAUGGUCCUGAGUAUGACCGUACCCAGUUCCAGAUCUCUAGGAUCAUUCACUUCAAGCUCUUCUUCCUGACAAAGGCCCGAAUACCACCAGAGUCCCAGCUGGAGGCCCUACUUCCCAUCCAGGUGCUACUGCCCCGGGAACGAUUCUAG